AUGAGUAUACACGGCGAUCGAAAUGUUGAAGAAGCCCAGAGGACCCAUCAAGAGCUCAAUCGGCUAUAUGAAAUGGGCAAACAGAAAAUCGAUGCUAUAAAAUUAAGUGACGUUGUCGAUCAGAAGAACUUGACAUCUGACGUGAAAGAAGCUCAAAACUUUUUACGAUCAAUGCAGACAAAAAUUUUGAAUCUAAAGAAUAUUUCAUCCAAGAUUCAUUCGCAAAAGGAAAAACAAAAUAUCGAUGUAAAUAUUUUGAGUCAUGAGAAGCAGCUCAAUAUGCUGCAAAGAAAUCUUCGAGAUUGCAGUGCUGAUGUUCGAAAAGAAAUAGCCGAAGACGAGCGUAGAAUGCUUCUUCAAUCAAAGUCGGGAAAAGCUUCAUCGAUUGGUGAUGGAACCCGCAAAUUUACAUCACCCAAAGAACGCGCAAAUCGACUUCAAGACUUGGUCGCGAGAAUGUCGGAUCAAUUGGGACAAGGGGAACAAGCGAUGGGAAGUCUUGUGCACUCGUCGUCGGUUUUAGGACAGACUCAUGCCGAAUUCGAAAGUCAAGCUGGGGUUAUCGAAGGUCAGGAAAAACCUCAAAUUAGUGUGCGCGAAUUGAUUUCCUCGCUUGCUGAGCUUCUACGUGAAAACAAUGAUGAUGACGCCAAGCGAUUUUUGACGAGAAAUCCUUCUAUCAUCGACAAAACUGACGAUUCCGGAAGGUCUACUGUACAUUUUGCCGCUGUUGGUGGGUGCCUGCCCAUUCUUCAAUUCGCAAUUCUUAAUAAUCCAGAAGAUGCUACUAAAACGGAUGAUAUUGGUUGGAGUCCCUUGAUGAUCGCGUCAUCAGCUGGUCGAGCCAAUAUUGUUUCAUACUUGCUCAGCCUUCCUGAAGUUGAUGUGAAGCAUGCAAACAAAAACGGCCAGACUAGUUUGCACUAUGCAGCAAGCAGAAAUCAUAUCGACAUUGUAAAACUUCUCGUCGCCUCCGAUGACGGAUGUUUGAAUCUCUCAGACAAAUAUGGAGCAACAGCACUUCAUCGUGCUGCUAGCCAAGGACAUGAAGUUAUCGUUAGAUAUUUGUUGAGCCAACCAAAAAUCCGCAUCGAUCCUAGAGACUCGGAAGGAAAUACUCCAUUACAUCUCGCCUGCGAUGAGGAUCGUCAGGAUGUUGCUAUCAUGCUUGCGUCACGCGGUGCUUCAAUUGAGCUUAAGAACAAAGAAGAGAAAACUCCGUUGGAUUUUACAAAGACUUCAGAGUUCCGAUUAAGACUCAAAAACGCGGCCAAAUAA